AUGCAAGCAGUGAACACCCCGGAUACUGCACUACCGGAGGCGCGGAAACCGUUUCUCAACCCACAGAUCACGUCCUACUUUAUUGCGGGGGGGAUCGCGGGGGCUGCGUCGCGGACGGUGGUCAGCCCGCUCGAGCGAUUGAAAAUCAUCCAGCAAGUGCAGCCACAGUCUAUGGAGGGGCAGUACAAGGGCGUGUGGGCAAGCCUGACGCGCAUGUGGCGGGAGGAGGGCGUCAAGGGCCUGAUGCGCGGCAAUGGUAUUAACUGCCUACGAAUAGUGCCUUACAGCGCCGUGCAAUUCACUACGUACGAGCAGCUGAAGAAGUACUUUACGAACUACGGUGCGACGCCGCUCGACACACCGACACGGCUCACGGCCGGCGCGCUAGCGGGCAUUACCUCAGUGUGCGCAACAUACCCCCUCGACCUCGUCCGCUCGCGGCUCUCGAUCGCAACCGCAUCUAUCCCGCUGCCCGCAUCGUCGCCCCCGGCUAAUAGCAUGCCAUCACAGCCUUCUCUCACCUCUGCUUAUCAUACGGCGUCGGUGUCGAGACCGGCCGUGCAUGCGUUUGGACCGCAGGAGCUCACGAUGUGGGGGAUGACGCUGAGGGUCGUGCGCAAAGAGGGCGGUGUGCGGGCGCUAUAUCGCGGGAUCAUGGCGACGGCGACAGGUGUAGCACCGUAUGUCGGAAUCAACUUUGCGGCGUACGAGGCGUUGCGUGGGGUCAUCACGCCACCGGGAAAGAGCAGUGCCCCACGCAAAUUGCUUUGUGGUGCACUUGCAGGGUCGAUAUCGCAGACGUUGACAUACCCGUUCGAUGUAUUGCGGCGGAAGAUGCAGGUGACGGGUAUGGAUGCACUCGGCGUGAAGUAUAGCGGAGCGCUGGACGCGCUGCAGAGGAUCUUGAAGACGGAAGGCCCGCGGGGGCUGUACAGGGGGCUCUGGCCUAACCUGCUCAAGGUCGCGCCAAGCAUAGCAACGUCGUUCUUCACGUAUGAAUUGGUGAAGGAGCUGCUGGGGGCGGCAUGACCGUGGGUGCAAGGGCUGUAGGCCUGGAUCCGAUAGGGCGGGAGGCAGCGUCGCAGCCCGAGGUAUGAUCAUCUGUCAGAAGGACAGUCGCACGUGCGAGGCGAUUGGUAGUAGCGGGGCCGCACGGACUAAUUGGCGGAUACGAGCAAGAUAGGUUGGUGACGGGCUGGGCAUAUCAUAUGACGGACUAGUCCUUUUCUAAUGCACAUCUGACGGGCGUAGACUACAAUAGGAACAAGUGAUAUACUGGAUU